UUUCGUAACCUAUAUCGAAGAAGCAGAAGGGAAUCGAACAUCGGUGUGCCCCCCUUUAAUUCGCGAGGAGCUACGAGGGGUAAACUCGCAAUUCUGAGAUGGACGAAGACAGCGAUCAGGAGCACUUGAUCGAGGACGAUUACUACACGUUCCUGAACAUUCCGAGAAACGCUACUCAGGACGAAAUCAAUAAUGCUUAUCGCAGACAGAGCAAGCUUUAUCAUCCAGACAAACAUGUGGAUCCCGUACUCAAAAAAGAGGCGGAGGUCCUGUUCAAUCGAACGAAAGCAGCCUAUAAGGUUCUGAGUAAUCCGCAUCAGAGAGCCAUUUACGACUCUGUGGGCGUACAUGGACUGCAAACGGAAGGAUGGCAGAUCGUGGAACGCACGAAAACGCCUCAAGAGAUCCGGGAGGAAUACGAAUAUCUCGCCAAGGAGGCGGAAGAGAGAAAACUGAUGAGACUCACGAAUCCCACCACCAGCAUCACGAUGGACAUCAAUGCGGCGGACCUCUUUAACCGAUACGAGAAAGACUACGAAGAUAGCAGGGACAUACUUUCAUGCAUAGAAGUCAGUGGGAUGUCAUUUACGCAGUCGAUCGAGGCACCCCUUACAUUGCAAGACAUCGUAACGAUGUACGGUCAAUUGAGCACAAAAAACGGUAUAGGUUCUGGCUCGAUAAACCUGGCGGCGAAGCGGUUACUAUCGUCCAAAGGAUGGAUAGAGGUGGACGUCGGCGCCGGCAGCGGACCGACGAUAUCCUUAAAGGCUUUCCGCCUGCUCCCGUAUAAAUUGAUGUGCCACGGCGCGGCGAUACUGGAAUUCACGCCGGUCGAGAUCAAGGCCAAUCUACUGGGCACGCUAACGAUGCAGCUGGACACUCACACGAUGGGAGAGCUGACGUAUAACGCGGGGUCCGAUAGUUCGAUGAGCACCGCCAUAGUCAGAAACACACCCAGGACCCGCGCGUCAUUUUCCAUACACCUGGGCGUUCUACGCUCGUUCAUCAGUCUUAAUUACACGUACAAGAUGCAGGAGAAAGAGAUGAAGCUACGCGGAAGCGUGAAAGCUGGCACUUUCGGGUUGAUCGUGGAAUACGGAGCGGAGAAGAGGAUAUCGCGACACAGCAGAAUAUCCGCUACCGUGUCCGCGGGUGUGCCGACCGGAGUCACGUUAAAGAUCAAACUGCUGCGUUCCUUCCAAACCUAUGCGUUUCCCAUCCACCUGAGCGACGAAGUUCUUCCCGCGACCGUGUUCUAUGCCACCGUGGUCCCCUUGGUAACGUGGGUCGCGGUGAAGAAGGUCGUCAUAGAUCCGAUGGUGAGGAAACGGGAGGAGCGCAAAAAGGAGAAGGAGAAGGAAGUGAACAAGUCGAGGAUGAUGGAAAAGCAGAAGGAGGCGGAGAGCGCCAUCCAGCUGAUGAAGGCCACCGUCAGCAGGAUAAGAGCGACGGAAGAGUCGAAGAAGGGUCUCAUAAUCUCGAAAGCGUUGUACGGAAGAUUCGUCUAUCCUCAACAAGAUCAGUACAAUUCGGAUCAACAGUCCAUCCGCAGGGAUGAAGUCAUAGAUGUGACCAUUCCUUUACAAUGUUUAGUGAAGGAUUCGAAAUUGAUUCUCUACGACGCGUCCAAGAGCGAACUGCCAGGAUUCUACGAUCCGUGCGUAGGGGACGAGAAACAGCUGUUGAUCCAGUACCUGUUUCGUAGUCAAACGCACGAGUGUAUAGUCAAGGACAACGCCCCGCUCAGAAUACCGUUACCAUCUCAUAGAGUGAACACGACAUGACGUAUGCGUCACCAUAAGAAAUCGAAGUAAAGUCAUCGCGGUUGGUCCGCGGUGAUAGUCUGUACUGCUUCAUCGUUCAGUUCUUUGAAUCGUUUUUAGAUUAAACUUCCGCAGAUAUCUCGUUGAAGAAAUUGAGUGUUCGUCGAUCAUUUAUAUACUUUGUAUAGUAAUUAUACUUCCUCCCGAAGUAAUCGUUCGUCGCAAAGGAAUGGAUUCCGAUUAUCGCCUUACUUCCGUAAUUACUGCCCGUAAGAAAGUAACAAACAUUGUUCGUAAGAUCGCGAUCGCGUCGAUCGCCUAAAAUCAAUGGAGAAGAAACUUACCUUUGUACGACUAUAUGAAAGAUAUUUUCGACGUUACCUUAAAAAAGAAGAAGAAGAAGAAGAAGGGUAAUCGAUUCGAAGGGGUGCUCGUACCGUGCCCCUGCGUAGUAAUUGGAUAGCAUACGAAGCAUUUCGUUCACCAAGAAUGUAUAUAGAAUUAUAUACAUUGUUUUCUGGGAAUCGUGUUCGUACGUUUCAUUUAUCGGACUGCGAAUGCGUUACGAGAAGAGAUAGUUUAAGCUUUAAGUCUUGUUGAAAAUACAUCGGUUCUGAAUAGAAUUUAUUUAGUAGUAA